AUGACCUGGGUCUAUGAGUUGAUUAGACUACAUAAUAAGUAUGAGGCCGGAAGUGCUUUGUCGGUGCCUCCGGACGAAGACGUGUUUUGCGUGUAUACAGACAAGGAUCAAGUCAUGGUGUUGAAUGUGAUGUCGUGUAUGGCCCCCGUGAGCGUCCGAUUGUGUAUGGACCAUUGGCUCAUCGCAUCCUUCGGACUGGAGCAGGUGGCCCGGGAUUGGAAGCAGCGAUGCCAGUUGCCUGUGUAUAGGAGGCUGGAUAACAAGAAAUCCAUGCGAAGGAAUGCACAGCGCAAGGAACCGUGGACCACCAGCGGGGCCAGGAGGAAGUUGGUUCCGAUGAGUGGCGGCAAGUGGACCCAGAAUAAUCUGUUUGAGCCCGAGGCUUCGACGCCUUCGCGACCUGAUGGAGAAAAGCUAGGAAUGCGUCCUAUAGAUUAUUUCCCCAAGUCAAAAAUUACCGACUUGACUUGCAGUAAUCUCGCGAGAUGGUUCAUCUCCUCGUUGGUGGGUCCUAAAUUGGACGCCUCUCUGACUAGGGCUUCACACUCGACUAGGGCAAACUCGAUUUCAACGAGCUCGACCGCCCGCCUGUACGUGUGGCCCAUUCUGGUCAUGUCUCGGGACGGCGAUCUGGUAUUGACGCGGGUGACGAGCUACGAUCUGUUACGCGAUUCCGUGGCGCAACUACCUCUGCGUUACAACCUCCUGCGCACACUGCUCGAACGCGGCGCCAAAUUGCCACCCGGCGUCAGCUGUGUCGCCGCUGACAUCCGAGACGCCGAUGGCCAGAACGUCGCCGUGGACGCCCUCGUGGCCGUGGACCCCGACGAGUACGUCCCCACGCGAGACCGCCUGGUCGCCAAACGCCCACGCAAAGGCGAGGCCUGGCUCAAAGCCUGGGCCGCCUCGCUCUCCACCACGCCACUGGACCCGCGCACCAACAUCCUGGUCGCCGCCUGCUCCAAAGUCGCCUUCGUCUACUUGGUUACCGGCGACCAACUCCUUGGCGACCAACUCGGCGGGGACCAACUCCUUGGCGACCAACUCGGCGGCGACCAACCGGUUGGGGGGCAGGAUGCUACGCCGGAAGCUACCCCGGGUGGCACACAGACUGGAGAGACGGCGCAGGGGGAAGGGGUGCAGGACGGCGGGGAGUUGAUGCCGCUGGCGUGGUUCGACAUCGGCGGCGAAGAGACGGACCUGAACACGGUCGUGGCCGUGGACGUGGCGGUGGCGCCUGCGUGUGGCGGGCGUGGGCACUGCAUCUUGGCGCUGAGUGACUCCGUUGGACGGCUCAUUGUCGCGCACCUGCUUCUUGUUCCCGUGGCUGAGACGUCGGGAUCCAGGAUGUCGCACAUGGCUCGUUGGCAAUCGGUGUUAAUACGGAGAGACCGGCCAGGCGACAUUUUCAGUUCCCUCAGCAUUCAGCUGCGUCCCGAGUCGCCGCUAGGGAGUACGGAGUUCGCUGUGCUUGCGACCCAGAGUGCGCGCUUGGCGGUUUUCAGCUUUCGUGUGCGCACCACUACGACCGGGCAGGUUGCGGUCGCCGAGGCGCUGACCGGCUCCGACAACUCGCCACCCGCCCUCCCAGAACCCGUCCCCGACCCGCCCCGCAGACGGGGUCGACCCAGCAAGAAGGCAGCUGCCAGGAAAGCCGCCAUCAAAAAGGCGGCGGUCGGGAGGAAGCAACCGCUCGGCGCCAAAAAACCGAAACUCGAGGCGCAGGAAUACGUCCUGGAAAUGCGGCAUCCCACUACUACUAGCACUGCUACGCACGGGGGGAACAGCCCAAAGGGGAACAGCUCGGUGGUGGCGGCCGAGGAAGUGAUGAUUUCGCCUGCGGCUAGUCGACCCGGCGUGGCGGGAGGGUUGGUCGCCCUGCAUGAGGCUUCGGGUGCGUUGGCGUACGUUGUGGGUAUUGACCUGGAGCACUCGGGGGAGUACGGCUAUGUGAGAGAGACGCGUCCGACGAAGAGUACGGACGCGUACAUCAUGAACCUGGUGGACGAGACGAAGGUGGGGACUCUUGACAUGGCGGAUCGUUUCCUCGACUCGCGGCUGCGUUUCGUAUCGGGCAGUUGCGUGUUGCAAAGCGGACUGUGUCUGAUCUUUGAGAGCGUGGGCACCAUGGCUACGCUCAACGCCGGUUGGCUACCACGUUAUGCCGAACCUGUAACAACACGGCUCUGCCACGCACUCUACCAUGCAAUUACUCACCCCGAAAGCGCCCGCUUUGCACACCUUACCAGCUGGCGCCUCUGCUUCAAGGACCCCGAACGUGCACCCGAUCUGUCCGGCCCGCGACUCCAACUGAAAUCUCUCGUCGACCCAAACGCCGACACGCCCAUCGCCGAAGACCUCAAUGAAGAACUUCCCCUCCACAACUUCCUCGAGCACCUCAAGGCCGCGCUGGAACGCCUCGACCCAGUCCAAGCCCACUCGGUCCAAGGGGACAAUCUCGGAGGACCACUGGUGGCCAUGGCGGUAGGUGUGCUGGUCUACAUGCUCCAGCGGCUGGGGGUCGGAGGACGGGUGAUGCACGCUGACUACUUCGCGCGCUUGGUGGAGACGAAGCACCCGGCCGGUGUGCGGCUGCUCUAUCUCCUGCGCGCGAUUGUGUUCAAAACAUACUACCAUAAGGAACUCGUUCCCGUCGUGCCCCAAUUAAUCCUCAAACUCAUCUGCUACUAUGCCCGACUCGUGUUCGACCUGACUCCCUCGGUCCCAGGCAUUGACGACGACGACGAGGAGGACGAAGCGCGGCCGGAUGAACUGUCUAAGGAUGAAGUGCUCGUGGUCGAAACCGAAAUUUUCGACGAGGAAGAACACAGCCGUCCUGAGGAAGAACACAGCCGUCGUGAGGAAGAACACAGCCGUCGUGAGGAAGAACACAGUCGUGAGGAAGAACACAGCCACCACGAGGAACGCAACGGCCACGAAGCAUUAGCUGACCAGGCACCGACCGCCGGCGUCCUGGUCGACAAGGCUCUCAGCAAAGCGUCGAGACAGAAAGACAUCAGCGAGUUCGUGAGAAACGGACUCUCCAUCAUGGAGUUUGCACAACGACUCAGGAACGACACCGAAACGGACCAGGCCUAUCGCAUGGCCACCUACCUGAUAACACAACAACCUCUCGACGAGCUCGAUUUCUGCCGAGCGGACAACCCCUACUGUCACCACUGUGACCAGUUCUUCUUCGCCGACGUGCUGUGGGACGGCUCCGAAACACUCUGGACAGAACUCACCGACCACGGCAGGCGCUGCCCCAUGUGCUUCUCCACUUGGCUUGUUCCUAAAGGAUAA